AUGGCAGCCAACGCCUCUGGAUUAAACAAUCUGAUGAGUUCCGAUUGUUCGAACAGCGCAUCCUCCUGCAACAGCUGUUCCACACCUGGGUCGCCGUUCCAGGUGGACCUCGUAGGUGGAAAGUACCUGCAAAAUAACGGGAACCCCUUCAACCUCUCUCACCUCUCCUCUAUUGACCACGCUCAUGCUGCACCUCCCAAUGAUCCGUUACUAGAAGACUUUCAAGGUCACUCUCCACCUGUGAAAGCUCUCGGACUGUGGUUGAGGCAAGACCGACUUUCUCGAUUGGAAUCCAUUGAAAGUCAAGAUGAUAACCCCCCCUUCACUCGGAACAACAGCAUGUCAGUGACCCUGAAGGAGUGGAACAUACCAUUCCAGAGUCUGCAGUUAGGUGAGAUGAUCGGUCGUGGGGUAAUAGGGACGGUGUACCGGGGCCAGUGGCAUGGCGAGGUGGCAGUGAAGAAGAUUGAUAUUCUGGACGACAACGAUGACAACGGCGUCAACUUCCUCAACUUCUUUAAACGCGAGGUGGCCACACUGCCCAAACUGCGCCAUGAAAACCUUGUUCUGUUCAUGGGUGCCUGCACCAAACCCCCUGACCUUGCUAUCGUCACUCAGCUCAGCAAGGGCGAAAGCCUUCACUACUUACUGCACAUGCGAAAGCACAGCCUCAGCGCUAACCGCAUCAUCUCCAUCGCCAGCCAAAUUGCCAAAGGCAUGGGCUACCUCCACGCGCGGCAGAUAGUGCACCGAGACCUCAAGACGCGCAACAUCUUCAUUGAGACCAACUACAAGGCCGUGAUCGCUGAUUUUGCCCUCUUUAAUUUUGUUAACUUCUGUAAACUCGCAAAAUGCGGAAACUACGUGCACAUCCCGCCUAACUGGCUGUGUUACGUGGCUCCUGAGAUCAUGCGUGCUCUGAGCAUCGGUAAUCCGGCCAACGAAUUGCCCUUUACACCAGAGAGCGAUAUCUUUGCUUUCGGAACGGUGUGGUACGAACUGCUCACCUGUGAGUAUCCCUUCCGUGGACUACCGACGGAGACGUUGGUCUACCUCGUAGGCACUGGAAUAAAGCCUUCUUUCAAGUUGCAGUGUCCCCGGGACUUUAAAGAGGUAAUGCGUCAGUGUUGGUCCUAUCACCCACAGGACCGACCGGAGUUCACUGCGCUGGUGAAGCAGCUGGACCGCUUGCCGAAACUGCACCGCAGUCCCUCCUACCCUUCGAAACCGCACUCUGCCUUUGCCACUGUUUCUUCCGCUGCUGCUUCCGCGUCAUCCAACGCCGCCAACGCCACCACUUCCAUUGUGGGAGACGGUGGUGGCGCCAGGGGAGGGGGCAAUGGAGCACGAAUCUCAGGAAACCGCCUCCUCCUGCCCCUCCUUUUAGUCCCCUGA